AACAGAGCCUUGGCGGUUUCUCCUCCAAAUUCCAAUUGAAAACGGAACUGAACAAACCUCACGGCACCGCGAACUGCAAAUGACGGAGCAGACGAAGUUCAGCGUCGUCUGCAGCUUCUUCAAAUGGACACAGAGAAGCAAAUCGCCGGCGAAGAAGCGCUCCAAGUUCCGCAAGUUCCUCGACUCCUUCUGCAAAGACGGCAAUUACUUCCCCGCCAUUCGCCUGAUUCUCCCCAAUCUCGAUCGCGAGCGUGGCUCCUACGGCCUCAAGGAGUCCGUGCUCGCCACCUCCCUCAUCGAUGCUCUCGGCAUGUCCAAAGACUCCGACGACGCUCUUCGCCUCAUCAAUUGGCGCAAAGGCGGUGCAAAAACCGGUGCCAGUGCCGGUAACUUUGCACUUGUUGCCGCCGAGGUGCUGCAGCGUAGGCAAGGUUCGGCUUCCGGUGGAUUAACAAUAAAGGAGUUGAAUGACUUGCUUGAUCAGUUGUCUUCGAGUGAAAACAGGGCUCAGAAGACUUUGGUUCUUUCUACCCUUAUACAAAAGACAAAUGCACAGGAAAUGAAGUGGAUUAUCAUGAUAAUCCUGAAAGAUCUAAAGCUGGGAAUUAGUGAAAAAAGCAUUUUUCAUGAAUUCCAUCCAGAUGCCGAAGACUUGUUUAAUGUUACAUGUGACUUAAAAUUAGUUUGUGAAAAGCUAAGGGAUCGGAAUCAGCGUCAUAAGCGGCAGGACAUUGAAGUUGGAAAAGCUGUGCGCCCUCAAUUAGCUAAGAGAGUUGCUAACGCAACUGAAGCAUGGAAGAAGCUUCAUGGGAAGGAAGUGCUUGUUGAGUGCAAAUUUGAUGGUGACCGCAUUCAAAUUCAUAAAAAUGGAACAGAGAUACAUUUCUUCUCAAGGAAUUUUCUUGAUCAUUCUGAAUAUGCACAUGCGAUGUCAGAAAUCAUAAUACAAAACGUUCUUGUAGAAAGGUGCAUACUUGAUGGCGAAAUGUUGGUUUGGGAUACAUCCUUGAAUCGAUUUGCUGAGUUUGGGUCAAAUCAGGAAAUAGCCAAGGCAGCAAGGGAUGGUCUUGAUAGUGAUAGACAGUGGCUAGAUGUUGCAUUUGAUAUCCUUUAUUUUGGAGAUACUAGUGUUAUUCACCAAACUUUGAAGGAAAGGCAUGAGAUUCUCCGGAAAGUUGUGAGGCCAAUGAAGGGUUGUUUGGAAAUUUUAGUACCUGAUGGUGGUCUCAACAGUCAUCGUUCUUCUGGUGAACUGUGUUGGUCAUUUAUUGCUCAUAAUGUGGAUGAAGUUGAGAGGUUUUUCAAAGAAACCAUUGAGAAUAGAGAUGAGGGAAUUGUUGUAAAAGACCUCAGUUCCAAAUGGGAACCUAGUGAUCGCAGUGGAAAGUGGCUAAAAUUGAAGCCCGAAUACAUUCAAGCUGGUUCUGAUCUUGAUGUACUUAUCAUAGGCGGCUACUAUGGCUCUGGACGACGGGGAGGAGAGGUUGCUCAAUUCUUGGUAGGCCUCGCAGAGCGUCCAUCCCCAAAUACACAUCCUAAGCGGUUUAUCUCCUUUUGCAGAGUUGGUACUGGACUUUCUGAUGAUGAGCUUGAUGCUGUAGUAACCAAACUAAAACCCUACUUCAGAAAGUAUGAGCAUCCAAGGAAGAGGCCACCAAGUUUUUACCAAGUUACUAAUCAUUCAAAAGAACGACCUGAUGUGUGGAUUGAUAGCCCUGAGAAAUCAUUUAUUCUGUCUAUAACCAGUGAUAUCCGAACUAUAGAAUCUGAGGUAUUUGCCGCACCUUACAGCCUGAGAUUUCCUCGGAUUGACAGAGUUAGAUAUGACAAGGCUUGGCAUGAAUGCCUUGAUGUGCAAUCAUUCAUAGAACUAGUGCAUUCUAGCAACGGUACCACACAGAGGGAUACAGAAUAUGGCAGCAAGCAAUACACUAAACCAAAACGCAUGAAGUCCUCCAUAAGGGGAGAAAAAAACAUGUCCAUUGUUCCUUCUCAUUUAAUUCAAACUGAUGUUUCCAGUGUUAAGGGGGGUUCCCUAAUAUUUUCAAAUAUGAUGUUUUACUUUGUCAAUGUGCCUCCAUCUCAUUCUCUCAAGUCCUUACACCAAAUAAUUGCUGAGAAUGGGGGAACUUUCUCGAUGAAUUUGAAUAACUCCGUCACCCAUUGUGUUGCAGCAGAUAGCAAGGGAUUUAAAUUCGAAGCAGCAAAACGUCAUGGUGAUAUCAUUCAUUAUACUUGGGUAUUAGAUUGCUAUGAACAAAAGAAGCUUGUCCGCUUACAGCCGAAGUACUUCCUCUUCCUAUCUGAACUGACAAAGAAGAAAUUACAAGAAGAAAUUGAUGAGUUCUCCGACUCUUACUACUUGGAUCUCGAUCUUGGAGACAUAAAGCAGCUCUUAAGCAAUAUUCAUAGGUCAGAAGAUGUCAGCGUUGUUGAUCAUUACAGGAAAAAAUACUGUCCAAAGGAUAAGUGGUCCUUCUUUUAUGGAUGCUCCAUUUAUUUACACUCUGCAAUACCAUCAUUGAAAGGAGAUUGGGAAGUUCUAUUGGGACUUGCUUUGAGGAGAUUCAAACUUGAAAUUCUCAUGGGUGGUGGAAAAGUUACCGCUAAUCUAUCUUCUGCAACCCAUUUAGUGGCCUUGUUUGUGCCAGGAUAUCAUACCAACUUUCUAGAUGAAAUACAGAGAAGUUUCACUUCCGUAGAGAGAAAAAUUCUCCGAAGCAAGAGGUUGCAUAUUGUUAAAUCCCAGUGGUUAGAAGAUUGUUUGGACAGUAGCCGAAGACUACCAGAAGACACUUAUUGCUUGAAGCCCAUUGGAAUAGAAGAAUCAACUGCUGAAGAUUGUGAACAUGACUUGGCGUUAGAGGCUCAUCUGGGUGGAGAAAAUGUAGAAGACCAAAAUAUAUCUUUCUCUGACAAGGGAAGUAAACAGAGAAGUGCAAAAUCUACUCCUGAAGAUCUGGCUUUGGUGUCCCAAGAGAAGGGUGGCCAAAGGAAAAGAGGAAGACCUGCAGGUGGUGGUACCAAAAAGGUGAAAAUAGCUGGCAACCAAGCUCGAAGAGCACGAGCACAGAUUGUGAAAAAGCGUGCUAAAAUAUGUGAAUAUGAAUCAGAUGAAAGUGAUUCUCGUGACAAAAAACCGUAUGAACAGGACAUUGACACUAGAGAAGGAAGUCCUUAUUUUAACAAGAAACAUUCAGAACUCCAGGAUACUGAGAAACGCUCAAAUGUCCCAGUUAAGGAAACAGCAGAAAGUUCUGAACAUCACAAGGCAAUCAAGCAAGAGGAUUUGAAGGACAGUGAACAUGAAAGUAUGUUUGUCCCCGAAAUUGAAAUGACUGAUAGGCACAAUGACCAAAACACGCAGGUGACUGAGAAACUUGAAAUUUUGGCUGAUCCAGUGCAAGCGAUGUUAUUUAACAUGAUUCCUAGCCUUGCCCCGAAGAAAGUUGAGCAAACUAUGAAUCGUGAUAUUGGAGAAGAGAAGCUACCAGAUAUCUCCAAUGCAGAGCCUUCAACUACAAAGAAAAAGAAAGUUAGCUAUAAGGAUGUUGCUGGCGAGCUGCUCAAGGAUUGGUAGAGUAUCGUCUUACAUAUGUAUUACAAAGUUCUGAAUAUAUAUGGGCCAAAAGUUCCUUAUCAAACUAGUUGUUAUGCAAAGUUCGACAAAGUUGGCUAAUUUAGAAGAGUAAUGUUAUAUCUUCCUAACAAUUUUUUCUAAUAUUUUCCUGAUUAAU